AUGGCCGAUAAGGCAAACGCUGCGAGCAGCUAUGCGCCAGUCCUUUCAGCUCUGGUGACUAUGCAGAGCAAUGCCGGCAAAGAAGAGAAAACCAAUGCCCACGAAUUCCUGGAGAAAUUCCAAAAAUCGCUGGAAGCAUGGAACACCACUCAUGCAAUAUUACAAGACUCGUCUGCCCCGGCAGAAGCCAGGCUGUUUGCUGCAACCACACUGAAGGGGAAGAUUACCUAUGAUCUCCACCAGCUGCCAGCCGAAGCCCUCACUCCUCUCCGAGACUCGCUCCUCUCUUUGCUUCAACUCUAUGUUUCGGGUCCUCGACCCGUUCGGACGCAAUUAUGCGUAUGCCUGGCAAUCCUGGCAAUACAGUUGACAACGUGGAAAGACGUCUUGAGAACAGUGGGAUCGGCUGUUGGCAGCAGUAGUAACGGCGGAGACUGUCUGCUCGAUUUCCUGCGCAUCCUACCAGAAGAAGUCACAGAAGGCCGCAAGAUCAACAUUUCAGAAGAGGAACUUGCCGAUCGGACCAAGGAACUCCUAGAGGACAACUCCGCUCAGGUCUUGAAUCUUUUGGUCUCCUACGCGCAGUCAUCAACUCAAGCUGCUCACAAUCCUCACCUGUAUUCUUGUAUCGCAUCGUGGCUUCGAGAAAUCCCCACGAUCGACGUCGUGAACUCGCCCCUGUUGAAUGAGAUCAUCGACGCUCUCCAAGACAGCGAUUCCUUCGAAGCAGCGGUGGAUUGUCUUUGCACCAUGUUCAGGGAUACUCGAGACGUCGACGAAUCACAAAGCGUUAUCCGAAUACUUUAUCCCCGAAUCAUCAAGCUGAGACCCAUGAUUGCAGAAGCAGCUUCCACGGAAGACAACGAUCUUAUGAAAGGCAUCACUAGACUCUUCGCAGAGGCUGGUGAGGCUUGGGUCGUACUCAUUGCACGUAUGCCCGAUGACUUCCGUGAGCUUGUCGAAUGUGUUCUCGAAUGUUGUGUCCGCGACAAGGACCGAGAAGCUAUUUCGGUCACGUUUAUUUUCUGGUACGAACUCAAGCAGUCCCUAACCCUGAACAAGUAUAUGCACGCCCGGGCUACCCUCGCGGACCUCUAUUCGAAACUCGUGGAUGUCAUGAUCAAACACCUCGAAUUCCCCACACCAGAGAAUGGCAAUGAGAAGGAUCUUUUCGACGGGGAUCGAGAGGCAGAGGACAAGUUCCGCAGCUUCCGACACAACAUGGGCGAUGUCCUCAAGGACUGCUGUGAAGUUAUCGGGGUGACGCUGUGUCUGACGAAGUCCUACGCUCUGAUACAAAGCUGGGGACAAAAGUAUGCCUCGGGGGUCUCGGGCACAACCGUACCACAUUGGCAGGAGCUUGAAGCGCCACUGUUCAGUCUUAGGGCAAUGGGUCGAAUGGUCAGCCCAGAGGAGAAUACUGUGCUCCCGCAAGUUAUUCCUCUGCUUACCACGGUGCCCGAUCACGAGAAGCUGAAGUUCCAAGCCAUCAUGGCCCUGGCUCGUUACACUGAAUGGACCGCUCAGCAUCCAGAAACUCUCGAGGCACAACUGAACUAUGUUAUUUCUGGAUUUAAUCACAGCUCCCAAGAAGUUGUACAGGCCGCAGCGCUGGCCUUCAAGUUCUUGGGAACCGACUGCCACAGCUUGCUCGGCGACCAUGUCCCACAACUCCACACCUUCUAUGAAAGUGUUAUCGACAAGCUCAAAUCGACCAGCCAGGAGGAAGUAACGGAAGGAGUCGCAGCAGUUGUUGCGGCGCAACCCGUUGACAAAGUCUAUGAGACAAUGAAGAUGUUCUGUGACCCCGUCAUGAGGAGGGUGGUUGCUCUUGCUGCACAAGCGAAUGAUGAGAAUGCUCAGAAGACCGUGGCUGACUACCUGGGGCUCAUGACGGUCUUUUUCGAUUGGGUACAGCCCUAUGUUUCCCCGUCUCAGGAGAACCCGGCAGUCAAAUAUUGCCAAGAAGUGCUCCCGGCCCUCUCACAAAUUGCAAAGCACUUUACCCGAUCCAUGCCGAUACUGGAGAGGGUGUGCAAGUGCUGGAGGUCCAUGGUUAUAUCUUACCGGACCGCCACAGCGCCACUACUGCCUGCGCUUGCGACCAGUAUCGCGGAGGGCUUUGAAGCAUCGCGCCAGGGCUGCUUUCUGUGGGCAACCGAUGCAGUGAUUCGAGAGUUCUCGUACGGAGCGGAAUUCGUCGACGAGGCCACGAGCGAUAAUGUCUAUCGCUUUUUUGCCCAGCAAGCUACAGUCUUCUUCCGGAUCCUCGCCGAACUACAACCCGUCGACCUUCCUGACGUGAUCGAGGACUUCUUCCGCCUAGCGUCUGAUGCUGUUCGAUUCUAUCCUCAAAAGACCCUUACUUCGGACCUUGCUCUCCCGAUGGUGAAUGCAUCGCUAACGGCCCUGACCCUGCAAUCAUUGGAACCACUUCAAGCCACCUUGCACUUUCUGAGAGAUUUCCUCGAUUUCGGGUUUGAGCAACCACCGGUCUCCAAUUUCAACGGGCCUAACGGUGAACCAACGGCCACAAACCCGCCAGAGGUGCAAGCGGCAGUGAGACACGUGCUGAGUUCUACGGGACAGGAACUUGUACAUCGGGUCUUGACCGGCAUGAUGUUCAGCUUUCCCGAAGACUGCUUUCCCGAUGCCUCUGGUGUUGUCCUGUCUCUGUUCAACUUGGCACCUCAAGCGGCGGCUCAAUGGGUUCAAGGAACUUUACAGGCGUUGCCUACCGGCACAUUGAAACCAGCCGAAGCCAACAAACUGAUGAAAGCCAUUUCCGAGAAACUGCAACAAAACGAGGCGCGAAAGGUGCGCAUGUUACUCCAAGACUUUACGAAUUCGUAUCGGCGACGGAACGUGGCGCCGCGUGAAGGAUUAGGCAGGUUGGAAGCGGCAAGGUUCAAGUUCAGCGGUUGA